AACUUCGGUCGGCGUGAUGCUGCUGCGCCGCCUGGCAACGUCCGUCCUCCGCCGUGGCGCCAACGACGGCAGCGCCCUGGCCGCCGUCCGCGCCGAGAUCGCGCAUGAGCUCUCCUCCUCCCAUGCCUCUUCCUCUCCCCCAUCACUCCAAUCGCAGGACAUUUCCGACUUCUCCGCCGUGUCCGAUGCGUCGCGUGGGCAGGAGGUACUCCUGCGCCGCCGGGAUGCUUCCGAGGAGGUUCUCGUGUCGGCGCUGCUCGCGCCGCUGCGGUUUGAAGGGGAUGAGCCGCUGCCCAGGGAUGCGCUCAUGAAGAUCUUCGUCAGUAAGCCUGGUUUGAAGCCGGUGUUGCGGUUCGACUGUCGCGCGUUUGCAGAUGAAGGUGACGGCGGCGCUGCUGACUAUGAUGUUACUGCUGUUUGUUAUCACUCAAUUGCUGGCGACGCUGGAGAAGACAAGUAUGAAGGACCGGAGUUCAGAGAUUUGGAUCCACGGUUACAGGUUGCACUGAAAGGACAUCUAGUGACAAGAGGCGUUAACUCCAAACUGGCAAGCUCACUUGUCCAUCACUUGAUUAAAAAGGAGCACUGGCAGUACGUGAACUGGUUGAAAACUUUGGAAGAAAUGUUCAGCAAAGAUCAAUAGAUCAUUGAUCCAACAUUUCCAGCACUGAAGACGAUUAUAAUGUUCCCAGUCAACUGCUCACACUUAUGUUGUGGCAAUGCAUAGACGCUAGUUUCGUGGAAAGCAAUCGUGGUGCUUAAUUUAUUUUCGUGAAAUGGGCCACGAAAUCACCGAAACUUUGCUAGUAUCCCCGUAGGCAAAAAUGUUUGUUGCUUACAACAAGAUUUGAUCAAACGUCUAAAAUUUCAACAAUAAAUUUUGUAUUAAAAUAAAUUUAUAAAAUCUAAU